AAAUAAGCUUAAAAAAAUAAAUAAAUACAAAACACCUCUCGUCUCCAGAUUGCAGCCAUAUCGCAGGCUGCGGGCUCUUUAAGAGAACAGGUAAUAGUUACCUUGACAGGUAAUAGUGGAGAAACAGGAAGUAGCCUCAUUUGUUAGCGAGCACAAACCGACACGGAUCCUUUUUUUCAGCUUAAACAUGAAGGCAGAGGGAAAAUACUUUGACCUGCCUGACUGAAGACAUGAGACAACCGUUGCUCCUUAUCAGUCUGUCGCUGGCAGUCCUCCUCUCUGCCAGUGUGCUGGCUCAGAGCCCGGUGCAGAUCCAGUUCCAGACAGACCCGGUGCUGGUUCAAACUGGUACUCAGAUAGUGUUCACGGUGCUGACAGUGCCCCAGGUUUUGUCCAUGCAAUGGCAGUACCAAGGAGUCACUGUGGGUUUGUGGACCGGAGGAGCCACAACUGUUAACCCGGGGACCCAGUUCCAGGACAGGGUCACCAUCACGGCCACCCAGCUCCAAAUUGGAGGAGCCCGGCUCCAAGAUGCAGGGAACUACACGGUGGUGGUGACCCCCACUGCUACAACAGGCCUGGCCGCUAACUCCAGAUCGAUACAGCUGAGCGUGUUUGAUGCAGUGGCCGGGGUGAGUCUGUUUGUUCCCUCGGUGGCGGUGGAAAGGAAGAAUGUGUCUCUGGUGUGUACGUGGACUGCUGGGACGGAUAUUACAGUCCAGUGGGGCAAAGGAGGCGCAGCCAUCAUUGCCAACUCCAGGAUCACCAUCUCAGGUGGCUCUCUGGUCAUCAACCCAGCCAUACGGGGUGAUACUGGGGUGUACACAUGUACCGUCAGCAACCCUGUCAGCGCCCAAACUGCCACACAGAGCCUCACUGUCUACUAUGGCCCUGACACCCCAGUGCUGAACAUGGAGACUGCCAAAAACUGUGUUGGGGGAGGGAAUGUGUUGGUGGGACAGUCGGUGCAACUCACCUGCAUGUCUGAUUCGCUGCCCCCUGCCCUCUUCUCAUGGCAAUACAACGGACAGCCGGUCGUGCCCAGCCAGCCGGGCAGCGGGGUGCUCAGCCUUCAGACUUUCUCAACGAAUCAGAGCGGCCAGUACGUCUGCACGGCCACAAACGCCAUCACUGGAGGCAAGUCGCAGCAAGGGACAAACUUGGCUAUUGUAGCCGUAUGUCUAAAUGUAGGGGAAGUGGUGGGGAUUGUGAUCGGCUGUUUGGUGCUGAUCCUAAUCAUCGUGCUCCUCAUCGUGCUCAUAGUCUGUCUCAAGCGAAGGAGGAGGGCACAACCGAGACAAAAUAAUACCGCAGUGCUUGUGCACAAGACCAACCCAAAUCCCAGGCCUAUACCUCCAGAUCCACAACCUAAUGGUGCAAGGGAUAUGGGCCAAGGUCCCGAUCCUCCCCUAUAUCACUUGAACUCAUACACACGCCACCCUGGCCGCUUAUACACUGCACUGCAUGAAAGCCGUGGCAACCCACAGACACUGCCGCUGCACAACUCCGACACACACCAACACAAUGGUCGUACCCACACAAAUGGGCUCCUACACGAUGCUUCUCAGAACGGCAAUUCAUACCCACACAAUGCUAUUGACAACCCUGCUUUCACGCAGACUGAUGCUCAGAAUGCAAACACACCCCCAAACACACAGCAGCAAAAUCCUAACAUUGUGAUACAGACUGGUGCUGCACAGGGCGGCGCCCAGCAGCCGGCGGUCCACGUCAGCCUUAACACGCUGCCACAAAAUGCCCAGCAAAACAACAAUGCGCAAAUGCCCACCAUUCAUCUCAAUCUCAGCUCAUUUCCUCUUACUAAUGCUUCACAAACUCAACAAAACCCGGAACAUACAGGGCAAUCGCAUCCAAGAAUGGAAAGUGGGCAGUCCUAUCCUAGUGACGUCCGGCCGAGUGGUCACAUAGAAGCAGAUCACCAUUCAGAUCGGUCUGGACGUAUCCCGACUGGAUACACACACUUUAACAGUAAUAACACCUCUCAGCGAAACGCCAACACACAGACGUACCAAGAGGAGCCAGAGCCUCAUCGCAGGUCUGAUAGAAACUCAUGGGAUCUCCUCAGAGGGACACCACCGUAUCCCAGCGGCACGCUUCAAAGAGGACAGACAUCCUCUGAGUACACCUCUGACGCUACAGACUACACUCCCUAUCCUCCCAUACGAGAAGGUAGAAGCCCAAACCGAUUUAAUUCUCGACCGCGGAACCAAACCACUUCGCGGAGCAGAGCUUCACCCAGACAAGAUGCACCAUCAGUGGACAGACAGACACCGAGCCGUUCAGCUGAUCGUGGACGCCCAAACACUCGCAGUGUAACACAGCUUGAGGCUGAAAACCACACACAGAGAAGCGGCCACACACAAAGGCAGAGUGCUCAGCGCGACAUCAGAGGUUCGCUUGGUAGCCAGAUCGCCCCGAGGCAGGAAGCCACACACAGCAAUAACCCCCAGGCACUGACUCUUGUAAUCCAGCAGGCCUCUGUCGGCCGCUCUGCUGUGUCACAAGGACCCAUGAGACAACAGGGACUGACUGCACCGCGGGGUGCAGAUUCAAGAGCUUUGGCUGAUCCUAAUCACCUUCCACAGGCACACAUGGCCCAGCAACACACAGCAGUACCGAUCCAAACACCACCACAAGGCCUGGGCAAACAGACACAGCCUGUUAUAAAUGGGGCCAAUCAACCUCGCCAAGGAGGCACUGCUCCAGUCCCAAACUCUUCUGCCCAGCAUAAUCCCAGUAACCUAACCCAGGAUGCACUUAUGGCCCACACCGAGAGGGCUCAAACAUUUCAGAAUCGGAAACAACAGACCCAGGCUGCCCUGCUUCACCCCGGUCCACAGGCACGUGUUGGGGAUCAGCACCCACCAAUUCCUCCUCCAGUUAUCCCCCUCACACAGUUCAAGACCCUCCCCAAAAAGCACACCCAGCACAAAUCUCCAACUAGAGGUCCUGAGCCCCCCAGGCCUCCUGUUAACAUACCUGUGGCUCAACGACGCACACAAAUACAACAGCGCCCCGCCAACCGUCAUCACCAUCCUGGAAAUGGCCACUUGCAUGUCAGUGCACAGAGGCAUGCCCAAGCCCGUGGCCACGGGCACCCUGCCCACUUCACCCACCCACAGCAGCAUCAGGAUCACAGAGGGAGACCAAGAUGAUGACAGAUGUCAGCAGACUACACUUUACAACUGUCCCGCAUCCACAGACACAAACAAACAGUUGACAGACGUGAUCCAAUAUACCACCAAGCAAGACCGACUGCACAAGGUUCUCCUCUCAAAAGAAUAGCUGUCAUAACCUGGUAUCUCUGUCCUAAAGUCAGUUUUUUUUAAUGAAAGAAAUGAACAUGUCUCCCAUGGGAUGAAACAUUUUAAUUUUUUGGAAUUGAAGAAAUAGAAAGAAAUGACAAAUUAUCUCAGAGGAGGCUUGAUUUGCCCUUUUUAAAAAUGUACUGAAUUAAAUAAGCUGCAUGAUACUGAAUAAUUUUUAUAUAAAAUGCUACACACACACACACACACACACACACACACACACACACACACACACACACGUACACAUGUAUUGCACUAUUUUGACUUCUGAAGCACUGGUCAUGCAUCAAACUUUGCCAAGAGCCUGCUCAGAGUAGACAAGUUCAGUGAUCCAUAGCUCUUAACCAAGCUCAUGUCCCCUCAUCCAUUCAUCAUCAAAACUAAACAACACUACCUUCACAAAAUGCAUUUGAGGUGCUUGCAUGAAUAUCUGUGUCGGAUCUACACUAAUA